AUGAUAUGGCAUCAAAUCCAAGCUGCCAAAAAGGAGGGAAGAGAUCUCCAUGUCGUGUUCUUGGACCUCGCCAACGCCUUUGGUUCUGUUCCUCAUAGUCUCUUGUGGACUGCGUUUGACCUGUUCAGCAUCCCACAGGCUAUCACCACUCUUGUCAAAUCCUAUUUCCAGGACAUCCAGCUAUGCCUCACAACUAAGGAGUACACCACAGCAUGGCAGCGUUUGGAUAUAGGGAUCAUGGCAGGAUGCACCAUCUCCCCUCUGGCCUUCACCAUGGCAAUGGAGGUCAUCAUCCGAGCCUCCCGAUGGGUGGUAGGAGGUCAGCAGCUCAAAGCUGGUCUUCGACUCCCUCCCAUCAGAGCGUACAUGGAUGACAUGACCACACUCACAACAACCAUGCCAUGCACAAGGCGACUGCUGAAAAAGCUCUAGGAGAACAUCGAGUGGGCCCGGAUGAAGAUAAAGCCAAGCAAAUCCAGGAGCAUAUCAGUCGUCAAGGGCAAGCUGUCAGAGCAGCGCUUUUUCAUUGGCGAGGAACCCAUACCAACAGUGUUGGAGAAGCCAGUGAAGAGCUUAGGGUGCUGGUACGAUGCCAACCUCAAGGACAAAGAUCAAGUGCACCAGCUUAGGCAGGACACAAUCUGCGGCCUCGAGAGUAUCGACAAGUCCCUGCUUCCUGGCAGGUUAAAGUUCUGGUGCCUUCAAUUCGGUCUUCUACCCCGGCUGAUGUGGCCUCUUACCAUCUAUGAGGUCCCUAUCUCCAAGGUUGAAAAACUGGAGAGGUUGAUCAGCUCGUUUGCCAGAAAGUGGCUGCGUCUUCCCAUGUGCUUCAGCAACAUAGGGCUGUAUGGAAGAGGCAUUCUGGAGCUGCCUGUGUCCAGUCUUACAGAGGAGUUCAAGUGCUCCAAAGUAAGGCUGGAAAUGACACUAACAGAAUCCCGUGAUCCAUUUGUAGCCCAAACAGCUCCUACUCUGGCGACCGGAAGGAAAUGGACUGCAAGCGCAGCUACACAGCAGGCAAAGGCAGACCUAAGGCAUCGUUACAUUGUUGGCUUUGUGCAACAGGGGAGAGGAGGCUUUGGCCUCGGAGAGAGCAGACCAUCGUGGCACAAGUCAGCUCCAUCUCAGCGCAGAGGUCUGGUCGUUGAGGAGGUGCGCUGGCAAGAGCAGGCAACAAGGUGCAAAGCCAACCAAGGCCAAUACAACAUCAGACCUCGGUCAGCUGGGAGCAGCGCGAGACUGGAGGCUUGUGGUGGAUCUGAGUCCAAGGCUCUACUUUCCACCAGAGAUCGCCACUACGAACCUCAGACCAGACCUCGUGCGCUCUGGUCCUCCUCAACUAAGAAGGUGUACAUCGUAGAGCUGACUGUACCCUGGGAGGACGCUGUAGAGGAGGCCUACGAAAGAAAGAGCCUUAAGUACGCUGAGCUGGCAGCUGAUGCUGAGCAACGUGGCUGGAAAGCCAAAGUUUGCCCAGUGGAAGUCGGCUGCAGAGGCUUUGUUGGAAAGACAACUACCAGGCUGCUUGGGGAUUUGGGAAUUCAAGGCCAAGCCCAACGCCAAGCCAUCAAAGCCCUCUCAAGCGCUGCUGAGUGGGCAAGCCGGUGGCUGUGGGUGAAGAGGAGAGACGCCACCUGGGCCCCAAAAUAG